UCUGCUGUAAAGUGGAUUUGUGCGUGGAGGCAACUGAAUGAAAACUUAAAAUUUACCGAAGGUUUGUGAGAAAAGCGGCAGCUCCCUUGUCGGUGCUCGGCCACUCAGAGUUUGCGUCGCGGCCCGGGAUGCGUGGAACUCCAGGUGCUGCCCUUUGCUGAACUCUCCAUGUGCAUAUUCCCAUCUCUGGGUUGAGCGCUCGAAUACCACAGUGUUGGGAAGGGUGGGGAAAACCUGUCCUGUCCAAGUUAUCGCAAGGUUUUCUCUCAAUACCAAACAAUAGUCCUUGCAAUCAGAGCAUUCCGCUUCCUUGCGUAAUGUGCAGUGUUUAGCCUACGUGACCCUUUUUUAGUACAAGCUGCCUCACGCACCAUGUUCGUUCUGGUGGAGAUGGUGGACACUGUGCGGAUUCCGCCCUGGUUCUUCGAGAGGAAAUUAAACGAUGCCAUUGCAGAAGAGCUGAACAAAAAACUGGCCAACAAGGUGGUGUACAACGUCGGUCUGUGUAUAUGCCUGUACGACAUUACCAAACUGGAAGAUUCCUACAUUUUCCCAGGAGAUGGCGCUUCUCACACCAAAGUUCACUUUCGAUACGUGGUAUUCCGACCCUUUCUGGAUGAAAUUAUUACAGGCAAAAUUAAAGGCUGCAGCCAGGAUGGAGUCUGUGUGACCCUGGGAUUUUUCGAUGACAUCCUGAUCCCUCCUGAAUCUCUGCAACAACCGGCCAAGUUCGAUGAGACUGAGCAGGUGUGGGUGUGGGAGUACGAGACCGACGAGGGCACACACGACCUGUACAUGGAUGUCGGCGAGGAGGUCCGGCUGAGGGUGGUGGAUGAAACCUUUGUGGACACCUCCCCCACUGGGCCCAGCAGAGCAGAUACUUCCACCACUACAGCAGAAGAAACACAGAGGAAGGAAUCUCCCUACACGCUGACGGGGUCCAUCAGUGAGCCUGGCCUGGGACUCCUAUCCUGGUGGACGAAUGGUUAAUGAGCCGACCUGAUCCCGCUGAUUGAAAUGCAGCACAGUGACCAUCUGCCCAGAGCUGGAACUUCCCGUCUUCCAGCCAGCUCCUCAGGGGUCUUAUUUUCUGAGAAGCGGACAGAUGCUGGGCGUUUAAUUAGAGCGCGAGGCACGAUCCAGCUGGACCAGCACCCAAGGUUUCUGUGAUGAGCAAGUAAAGGUGGAGCGUGUCCAGAGAAAGAUGAAGGGCCUCCACGUGGAAUGCCUGGGUUAGUCUUGACUACUUCCCGCCGUGCCGAAUGCUGCUCCUGCCCUCCUGGCUGAUUAGGCUGCUUGUGUGAUAAAUUAAAGAUGUUUGCUC